AUGCAUUGGAUAGAUAAUUUUGGCGACCUGCAAUUGGAUAUCGUCGGAAUCAUCGCCGUUCUCGGAGAAGGAUCUGUCACCAGAAACGCUCAAGUUACCAGCCUGUCCUGGUGGUCCACUAUUCCUCGACUCCUGCCGGCUCCUCAAGCCUUGCUCGAGCAUGAGAGAAAAUAUCGACUGCCCACCGCUCCAGGCAUCGUUGCCGGAGCAUACAGCGGUCUGGUCAAAAGGGAAAUUAACUUCUUUGCUCAAUUAUUACAUGAUCAGCCUCUGGACGAUUAUCAAGUCGAGCUCGUUCAGGUUACUCGCAAAUGUGUGAAAGAGGGCGAAAGAUCCUUCGGUCCACGAAAGUAUGGUCCUCUAUUUUGGGUUUCUAUUCUGGGCAGCUUGAUGGCGUUGACUCUCAUCGGUCUCUCGGCACAUUAUCAUGAUGGAUUCUCCCUCCUCGCCACCAUUAUGCUGUCCAUGGUGAGCUCGUUUGUGGGCUUCGGAACGCACUGGACCUUGGUUUUCAAGGAACCUACCAUUUCCCGGGAGCGAAAGGCCGCUAUCCCACGAUCAGACGUGAUCAUAUAUUAUCCCAAUGGCUCGAUUCGAAUUAUCAGACCAGAGUCUGAACAAAUUGCCCGUCUAUAUUUCCAGACAGAACAUGCCCAGUACAUCAUUGAUGGUGCGGCUACAUGCGGCGAAGAAACCGACGAGAUGAGACUGAUGGGCUUUACAGAUACACCCUAUCGCACGUUAGCGUUGCUAUCGACGGUCAUGUUGAUGACCGGAGUAGUUUCCCUGGCCAAUUCCUCGAACAUUCUACAAGUCGCCUUCGCCGCAUCAUAUCUCCUGCUGAAUGGUAUAUAUUGGGCUGUAUCUGCACUCAACCCGUGUAAGUAUCACUGGCAACAUGCGUAUAAGGUCGAGAUCCUUCCAAUAGAGCCUCUCCCGUCGCAUAAAACAGACCCACCUGCGCCAACUGGGAAGAUUGAAGAGUUCAAAGGCAUUGUGAAGCGUGAGUGGCAACGAUUCGAGAGCGCCUGGAUAUUAUCAAAGAGGCGAGACAGGGCGGAGAAGAGGGCUAAAACGAUGGUCGCUGCCGAAGCAAGAAACUUCACCGGCGCCUUAUGGACUGCGAUCGUGUUCACCGGUACAUCUCAAUGGCUGAACGAAGCCACCACAAUAGCGCCAAUGAACGAUGCUUGGAGAGAAUGGCUGCGAGAAGCCGAGAAACAGGUGCGGCCGAAGCUUGAGGAAGGAGAAAUACAAGGGGGUCAUAAUGAUAAUUGGACCGGCCGACAUAAUCUUCACCGACGCCCACGCAUCAACACCGGAACCGACUGGAAUUUUACGCCUGCCACGAUGGAAAAUGCGGAUCUCGCUUCUGAGAAGCGACGGAUCAGGAUUCAUGCGUGGCCCUACCAAGAAGAACUCACCAGAAUAUUGCAGAGACAUGCCGCAAAGACACGGGUGCCAAUUGGAGAUGAGGUUGUGGGAGGCGACGAAAGAAGGCUGGGAUCUGAAAAAGAUCCCUCCACACCGGGCACUGCUCUCGAGGUUUGA